UCCUCCUGGACUUGUCUUGCCUUACACUACAGACAAAGCACCAGCUGUAAAAACAGCAGCAGUGAGAAGAAAAAAAAAAAGAAGAAAAUAUGGGAGAAACCAAAAGAAAUCAGCAAUGUAAUAAUACAAAGCACUCAGCACAAAACAACAGAGAUUUUGUCCCAUGGCUGAGAGCAGCAGCAGCAGCAGCAAUAAUGGAUCAUCACCAAUAACAAGAAUCCCCCAAGACCAUCUAUUUUCAAUCUUGCUUCUCUUACCCAUUGAAUCCAUCCUAUGUUUUGCUAUGACAUGUAAAAAGUUGAAGUCUUUGGCUUAUUCAGAUUCUCUCUGGGAAUCUAUCUGCAGGAGGGACUGGGGACAAACCCCAGUUGACGCCCUCAAGGUCUCUAAUCAUCCCUGGAAGAAGUUAUACCAGCAGGUUUACCAGUUGGACUCUGUGUUUUGCCAUAGACUCUUGGCUGAGAUCCCAGAUGGUGAUGAGAUGCUCCCCAGCCCCAGAGCUUCUCAUUCACUCAAUUUAGUGUCUGGAUGCUUGGUUCUCUUCGGUGGGGGAUGUGAGGGAGGCAGGCACCUUGAUGACACAUGGGUGGCGUACAUAGGAAACGAUUUCAGGAGAACAUUAAAGUGGAAAAAGACUAAUUCAGGCAUUCCAAGUGGGAGAUUUGGCCAUUGUUGCGUUGUAAUUGGUGAUUACAUUGUCCUCUUUGGAGGGAUCAAUGACCAUGGAGUCCGCAAAAAUGACACAUGGAUUGGACAAGUAACUAUUCAUGGAAGACGGGGCAUUACAUUGUCCUGGCGGCUUCUUGAUGUUGGUUCAAUUGCACCACCACCACGGGGUGCUCAUGCUGGAUGUUGCAUUGAUAAUAAAAAGAUGCUUAUCCAUGGAGGCAUUGGACCAUCUGGCGUGAGACUAGGUGACACAUGGGUUCUUGAUCUUUCCAACGAUUUGUCUAUUGGGACAUGGAAAGAAAUUGUGACUCAACCAUGUCCUCCAUCCCGUUCGGGACACACCUUAACUCAUAUUGGGGGGGCACAAACGAUCUUAUUUGGAGGGAGGGGUAUCGGUUAUGAUGUGCUAAAUGAUGUAUGGCUUCUUGAUGCAUCUGAAGGAAAUUGGAGAUGGGGACAACUGCUGUUUGAGUUGCAUAGCAUACCUCAAGGAUUUUCCCUCCCACGAGUAGGCCACUCAGCCAACCUUAUAAUAGGACGUCGACUGCUUAUUUAUGGAGGCGAAGACUCAAACAGGCAUAGGAAGGAUGAUUUUUGGGUUCUGGACAUCAGUUCAAUCACUUCUGUUGCAAUAGAGCCUAGAAAUCUACAUCGAAACAGAGGAUUCAGAAAAAUGUGGAGAAGGCUUGAGGCCAAGGGGGAGAAACCUAAUUGUCGAUCAUUUCAUGGAGCUUGUGUUGAUGAUUCAGGCUGCUACUUGUAUGUUUAUGGUGGAAUGGUAGAUGGGCUAGUCCAGCCUGCUGAUCCAUCUGGCUUAAGAUUUGAUGGAGAAAGUUUCAUCUUGGAGCUUGUGCUGCAGUCUUAGAGGUGUAUCUCAGAUCACAGACGGCAUGAAUUCUGAGCUUGUAUGUACUUUCUAGUUACUGAUAAAGUAUGACCAGAAUAUUGCUGCAAUUGCCGGUAAAAUCUUUACAGAAAAUGCCAUCGUCUUAAGACAGAAGCUGCUCAGAGACAUAGCAAGAAAAAACAUCAAGUGUGUUCCUGUUUGUGGCCGAGUGAUGUGAUUAGUAUCCCCGGGCAAACCUCUUAUUAUGAUGCAGUUUAUGAUCCUAGUUCUUGUUGUCUUAAGGUGUGUUUAAAUUAGGCUCCUUAGGCGCACAUCUGAUGUCAAUAGUUUAGCUUAUAUCAUUAGUAGUUCUGCAUAUUGCAAAGUCAAAAAGCCAUUUAUUUUGUAGUC